UCUAGUGCGUGGUUCGAACAAUGCCAGCAGGGCAGGUGGCACCGUGCGCAUGCUCAGACGGGCCAAAAUCCUGCCCUCCAAACAUUUUUAUUUCGCCUCGCUCGCCUCGCCUGUCUGCCAGUCCAGCUAGUCUUCGCGUUCGACGGCAACCAGCGACCACAGAUCAAACGGGGCCACAGGGUAUCCACCAACGACCAUUGGAUGGUCAAGCCUAUGCAGCGACUACUGAAUGCGUUCAAUGUGCAAUGGAUCAUGGCUGCUGGAGAAGCCGAGGCGCAGCUGGUGCAGAUGAACGGUGCUGGUGUUAUUGAUGCUGUCAUGAUGGACGACAGCGACGCAUUUGUUUUUGGUGCUCACACUGUCCUGCGCAAUUCGAUGUUGUCAAUUGAUUCGACGGUCAAACUAUAUACAGCAAGUGCGAUUCAAGAGCACGUGGACUGCCAUCUUACUGGCGAUGGAUUCCUCACCCUCGCCAUAUGCUGCAGCAGUGAUUACGACAAGAAGGGCCUGGUGGGGUGUGGUCGUGAAACGGCGCUUGGCCUGGCUCACUGCGUGGAUGCUGGUGUGCUUCGCACUGCCAUGUGUGGCAACAGCCUUGAUGGGCCUCUGCAACGGUGGCGGGAUGCCGCUUGGUAUCAUCUUGUGGAUGACCCCACUGGAAAAAUGGGACGUUCUCAUCCUGCUCUUGCGUGCUCGCUCCCUGACUCGUUCCCCGAUCCACACGUCAUCGACUUGUAUGCAUGCCCUGCUGUCACUGCAAUCGCCAAGCUGCCCAUUCUCCAAUCCCCCGCCCCGCCUGACAUUGCUCCACUUGCCUCGCUUGUUCAACAGCUUCUCGGCUGGGAAUCGAAGAAGGUCGUUAGCACCUUUUGCUCGACGAUCUGGCCUGUUGUGGUCUUGAACGAAGUCCUCGAGGACCUGGCUAAUAAUUCUCCUGCAAGUGACGAGGUUUGUCGCUGUUCUCCUCUGCACGGAAUAUUUUGA